AUGUUCCGCGCACUGUUCUUAGUUGCUUUGGUGCCCGCUCUGGUGUCCGCGACCGAUUUCUUCCCUUGCGACGGAGGCCGUCCUCUGCCGACCAGCGUCGACAUCGAAGGAUGCCCCUCCGGCACGUGCAAUCUUGUUCGUGGAUCGGAUGUGAUCGCCUUCAUCGACUUCACCGCUGAUCGUGCCGUUUCCUCGAUGACCACGGUUGCCACCGCGACGGCGCUGGGUGUCACGACGAACUACCCGCUCGGCUCGAACGCCGCCACCUGCAACUUCCUGCAGGGAUCGAGCUGCCCGCUUAGCGCCGGGGAGGAUGUCACCUACCGCCUGACCAUGCCCAUCCUGUCGAUCUACCCGCUCGUCAGCCUCACCAUCGAGAUUGAUGUGGUCGACGCUAGUAACCAGUCGGUUGCUUGCUUCUUCGUGAACGCGCAGGUCGUUACCGCUACGAACUAA